AUGAUAAUAUGGGAAACAGUGGAUUUUUCAUCACGUAAUUUUGAAUCAUUUGAUUCAACAAAACUUUUAUCAUUACGUAUGUAUCGUUUAUUAUUAAAAUCAAAUUUAAUUACAACUAUUCAUGAAAAUACAUUUGAUACAAUUGGUAAUAUUCUUAUUGAACUUGAUUUACAAAUGAAUCAAUUAUCAUAUAUAUCAUCAAAAUGGUUUAAUUCAAAAUUAAAUCAAUUAAAAAUAUUAAAUUUAGCAUCAAAUCACCUUGAAUCUUUCCCAGAACUUAAUCAUAUUCAUUUAUCUUAUUUACAAGAAUUAAAUUUAUCAUGGAAUCAAAUUGAAAUAUUUCCAUAUCAAAUUCAUCAAUGGAAAUCAUUGAUUAAACUUGAUUUAUCAUUUAAUAAAUUAUCAAGUGUACCAAGAUAUGCUCUAAUGGGUCUUCAUAAUUUAACAUGGUUAUCAUUAGCAUCAAAUCGUAAUUUAAGUUGUAUUAUUCAAGAUUCAUUUAAAUAUCUUAAAUCAUUAAAAUAUCUUGAUUUAUCAAGUACAAAUUUAUUUGAUGUUGAUGGAUGUAUAUUUAUUCAAUUGACGGGUUUACGUACACUUAAAAUUGAACGUGUUUCAAUUAAUUGUUCAUCUUGUUGGCUUCCUAUAGCAAAAAAAAAUUCAAUUAUAUUAUUUGGACAAUGUCUUAAUAAUAUAACAAUACAACGACUUGAUUCAUUAACUAAUGAACAAUUACAUUAUUCAUGUUCAAAAUCAUCUAUUGAUUGUUCAUUAGAUUAUUGUGAACCAGGUUCAUUUAAUUUUGAAUAUAAGUCUUUUUCAUUUGAUAAAUUAUCAGAUUUAACUAAAAAUUCUAAUACAUCAAAAAAUCAAACAAUCAAAAUAAUUCUUAGUAUUAUAUUUAGUAUAAUUGCAUUUAUUAUAAUUAUUCUAUUAAUAAUAUUAAUUUAUCGAUGGAAACAAGGUAAAAAUUUAAUAUGUUGUCAGUUUCUAUCAACAACAACAUCAACAAUGACUGAAAUAACAAGACGUCAUCGUCGUCAACAUCAAAAACAAAUCAUUAAUAAAAAUCCAACUGUAAUCGAAUCUAUUAUUACACAUGGUGCAAAUAUGAAUGUACCACCAUAUCCACAUCAUAAUAAUGAAUAUUCAACGGAAGCAACUUCAAAUAAUAAACGAAAACUUUAUAAUCCUAUGUUUAUGAAUUCUCCAAAAUCAGACACAAGAUAUCAUCAAUCAACAAUAGUAUCAAAUGACAAUUGUUCUCAUAGCAAUCAAAUGUAUUCUGAAAAUCUAUGA